UAGACGCAAAUUUAGCAUGACUCUCGGUACAAGUGAUUCUGCGUGUUGAAAGCACUCGGCAUUUUCCCCAAAACGAGCCCCAAACUGCGCAUUUCGAUCGGUCUGAACGGGUCUCGCUUGCUUCACUUUUGGUCCCCGGGAGCUACAGCUUCCGUCGAAAGAAAUGUCUUCGGAGUUCGAUAAGUUCAACGAGUGCUUAAAGGCAUCCUUCUGGAAGAACGUGAAAAACAACCGUGCCGAGCGGAAAGCCAACGGCACGGCAUUGAAAGUCGAGCCAAAGGUAGAGGUGAAAAAUGAAUCCGAACCAGCGAUGCAAACCGUGGUACAGCAGCCCCAGCCACAGCUGCAGUCGAUGCGACCCACGCCCGUACCCGCACCCGUACCCGUUGUUUACAGCACAAAGUGUGAAUCGACGGUAAAUGCAUCACUGCAGGAGCUGCUGGAAAAAGAUCCGAAAUGCGAAGAGUAUGAUGACUAUAUUCCUCCGCGGGCGCCAAAAACGCCUCCCAUGGAGGAUUACGAUGACAUGAUACCGCGACCGCAAACGCCCAUGGAGAUUCCCAACAUGGAUGAUGUUGUGGAAAUUUCCGACUCUCCGGAGCGCUCUGGUCGAAGGGCGCUGGAGAAGCUGAGCUCGAAAGAAACCAAAUCGGACGAACUGCUGCAGGAAAAGCUAUGGCAAUACUUCGGUCAUCGUGAUUUUAAAAGCCAGUUGCAAAAAGAAGCCAUCGAAACCAUCAUCGCGAGAACACGAGAUGUGUACGUUUCCAUGCCUACCGGAGCCGGAAAGUCGCUCUGCUUCCAGCUACCCGGUGUAAUGCAGGAUAACAAGGUAACGAUAGUAUUUUCCCCACUGCUAGCGUUGAUCAAGGAUCAGCUAGACACAUUAGCUCGAAUUAAGAUACCGGCCGACUCGAUUAACUCAAAAAUGGGUGUUCGCGACCGAGAACGGGUAAUCAAUGACCUGAAGAGUGUGAAGACGGAUAUACGUUUUCUGUAUAUCACACCCGAGCAAGCAAAUACUGCCACAUUUAAGGACAUUAUGCAGCAUCUGGUUAAGUUCCGGAAGGUCGCAUACGUUGUGGUUGACGAAGCACACUGCGUCAGUGAGUGGGGACACGAUUUCCGACCCGACUACUUGAAGUUGGGCAAUUUACGGGCGGAAUAUCCUUCCGUGCCGUGGAUUGCACUGACGGCAACCGCUUCGAAGAAUGUAGUGGAGGACAUUUUUCAUAAUCUGCGCCUGAAGGAACCGGUGGCCAAGUUCAAGACGCCCUGCUUCCGGCACAAUCUCUACUAUGACGUAGUAUUCAAAAACUCCAUCCAAGACGACUUCCUCCAUUUGAAGGACUAUAUCGAAAGCAUCCUUGGGAAACAGGACGAAGUGAAACCGGUAAGUGUACCACGCCGUGCCUGCGGUAUCAUAUACUGCCGAACGCGCGAAAACACGGAACGUGUGGCAACGAACUUGACAAAGCUCGGUUUACGCACGGUUCCAUAUCACGCGGGUCUGAAACAAUCCGAACGCGACCAGGUGCAGGAGGACUGGAUGGAAGGGAAGUACGUAGCCAUUGCGGCAACCAUUAGCUUCGGCAUGGGUGUUGAUAAAGGUUCGGUACGGUUCGUUAUACACUGGGACAAUCCCCAGAAUGUGGCCGCUUACUAUCAGGAAUCGGGCCGGGCGGGUCGCGAUGGCAAAAAAUCGUUCUGCCGCAUUUAUCACUGUCGCGAUGAGUGUAAAUCGAUCGAGUUUCUGCUGCGGCAAGAUUUGCAGAAAUGCAAAGAAACGCCGAAGGAGGACAGUGCCAAGCAGGCUGUGAAAAACUUCGAGAAAAUGGUCGAAUUUUGUGAAAGUGCACGGUGCCGACACCGGCUGUUUACGGACUACUUCGGUGACGAUCCGCCCGACUGUCGGAACAUGUGUGACGUGUGCACCAACCCGAAGAAGGUGCAGAAAGCGAUCGACUACUUCCAGCAGCUAGCCUACACGGGAAAGCUGAAAACGAUGACGGCCUACGAUGAUGAUCCGUCCGAUCUGUAUGGUGGUGGUCGCAAGGGUUACGAAAACGACUACUACGAUGGGUGCAGCAGUGGCUACAGUGAUGGGCGCGAAAAGCGCAAACAAAGUGAAUCUGCGCUGCUGAUCCAGAAACAGUUUCUGCUACGUAAGGCGGCCGCCGCGAAAGACAUGAGCAUGCAGCGAACGGCCACUAUCGGGCGGGUAAAGUUUGCCAUGCAAACGCCGGUCAAGGUGAGCGGCCUAACGAUUGCCACGCGCGAAACGUACGUGACAUCGCUGGCCGAACUGAUGAAGAAAAACGUUGAGAUCUGCAAAGGGAUCGACGAACCGGACUACAGUCUAGUGUACAAGGACUUUGAAGAUAUCGCUGUUGAGAUGGAGUAUGAGGCGUUCACUAAAAACACCGUCAAAAGUUUGUACCAUCGAGCGAUUGUUAAGCAGGACAUAUGGCCUCUUAGUGCAAUCAAAGAUACUUAUUUACCAUCAUUCCUCCUAUCAGUUCGGAAGCUUUCAAUCAAUUUGCGUUUUUUCGCCUCUUUGUGGAUCAAUUCAAUUGCGAACAUUACAAUCCAUUUCAAUCUGCGACUAUCAACGAGGACAAAUAUUCCCAAUGUAACGUCACUGAAAUCGGCUGUAUCAGAGAAACUCUUACAUCCACGGGUGAAGGAGUACUGCCCGAAGCAUCGGGCCAAUCUCGGCGGCGACUUCCGGACGAUAGAGGCCGAUCUCAAGCGUAAGUAUGGCGAAAGCGUCGUGGAGGAAAUGCGAUCGGAUGGACACGAUAAGAAGCACGACGGGCAUCACCAUCACCACCAUCAUCACCAUCACCGGAACGAACGUAACGGCGAUCGUAAGCGAAGCACCAAGUUUACGGCGAAAACAAGCACCUCCCGCGACCGUGACGGUCUCAAUCAGUCGUCGAUCAGUUCCUACUUCAGUGCGAAAAACAGUGCACCCUCCUCUUCCACGUCGCUGGCCAGCGGAAGUAAUUCUGGCCUGAUGACGAUCGAUGACGGUGAUAUGUGGGAUGACGAUCAGCUGAAGGAAGGUGGCCGAUCGAACAGUGCGAAACUGGCACCACCGGAACCGGCAACACUAUCGCUGAUUCGCUCACCACAGUCACCGCCCACUUCGCCAAUAUCACCACGUUCGCCACGCUCACCACGAUCACCACCCUCACGGAGAUCGCCGCGAUCGCCACGUUCGCCUCGUUCACCUACGUCACCACGAUCGCCCCGCUCCCCGUCGGUCGAGUACGUCUCGAAUGACCAGUACCAGGAGGCGAAAACGCGACGACUGAGCGAACACGGUGAACGGCACCGACGAUCGACGUCCCGUACGCGAACGGCCUCAAAAGACCGUACCUAUCGUGAUCGUUCCCGAUCUGGUUCGAGGGGAUACUCGAGUGAGCGAUCGCGUACCAAGCAAAAAUCCACUUCCUACAAGCGGUCGCGCGAGAGCAGUCGAUCGUACUCGCGGGAACGUUCCUACUCGUACCGAUCGGGGAGCUCGCGUUCGAGGGAUUGGGAGGAGGACGAGAUUGCUAGACGUCGCAAGCGUAAAUAUGAGGAGGAGGAGUAUGAUCGAGAGUACGAACGUGUGCCGUCGAAGUCAAGGGUGUACGACGAUGAGUACGAAGCCAACAACAAACAGCAACACCAUCAUCCGACACGGAGACCACCUUCACCCGAGGAGGAGUUCAGUUAUGCCGCUCCUAAGAAGCGAAUAUCGCAUUAUGCUGAAACCAGUGGUUCUGCUGCCAUUGCGUACGGUAAAAGUUCGGCCUAUGGAUCGACCGCUGCCAGUGGUUCGUCUUCCGGGUACAACAAUUACGUACCUCACAAAACCACUGGCGGCGGUGGUGGUGGUGCCGGUGGCAGCGGUGGUGGCUCAUCCCAAAUGCUGAACAAUGAAGAUAUGUGGGAUGAUGAUCCGGAACCAUCGUCAUCGAAUUCGCGAUCGAAGGAUCAGCCUCCUUCACCGCCAGCAUCUCCACCGCCACCGUCAUCACCGCCACCACCGUCCUCACCGCCACCGCCAUCAUCACCGCCACCAAUGUCACCCUCGCCGGAGCCGGAAUACAUGCACACAAAGUACGUACCCCCGUCACCUGCGCAUCGUCCACCGUCUCCCACAUCAUUACCACAGCAAACAUCGAUACAUCACGACAAGCAUUCGAUGCGCACGUACGAUCACCGAUCGCCGUACGAUGGAGCGCUCGAUCCACGUUUGACGGGUACACCAAAAAGUCCUCCCUAUUCCCAGCUAGCUGGCAAUGCCAGUGCCCUCUCGUCCGGGUGCGUGAAACCAUCGACGUCGGUGCAGUUCACGACAGCGGCACAAAUGCAUCUAAAUUCCCUAGCGAACAAACCAUCAUCAUUACCAGUGAGCACGAUGCAAACGGGAGGCCCAACAAUGACCGGCGGUACGGUCAACGUAGCAAUGAUGCAGACCGGCAUUGUUGGGGGUAUGAAACAGUCGUGCAUGAACUCAGUUACCACGAACAGUGUGGCCGGUCCUUCCAGUGGAAAUGCAUCCAACUCGCAACAGCUUAUGUCCGGUUCGUCCGGCCAUACACCGGGCGGCGCACCCGAUUCGGCCGGCUCAACACCGUCCGGAUCGCAGCUUGCCGAGAUGGAGAAGAAGAAGAAGAAUUUGGCCAGUUGCGUCAUACACUACCUGAUGCCGUACUAUCGUGAUCAAAAAAUCGAAACAAAGGAACUUUUCAAGGGGCUGGCGCGGAAGAUUUCGCACAAAUUCUACGAAGCCGAUGUUACUGCGGAACGUAAAGUGAAGAAGUACAUCGAUGAUAUGAUGGCCCACAAGGGUAUCAUUUCGAGCGAAGCGGAUUUUCCCAAAUAGAAACGACGCAAAGCGCGCUCGCGCGCAUACAAAUCACGAUCGUAUCGGCGCCGUUCACGCUGCUGACGCGCAGAGUGAAUGCGCGAGAUGGACGCGUCGUUGUCUAUAGUGUAAUUUAAAAGAACGUUCUGUACAUACUUAGACUCGUAAGCAACAACCUCUGCUCUACCUUGCAUGACUCAAUGUAGAUGUGCGUCGGUGGCCAACGAAGAACAGCGCAUAUUCCAUUGUUAUAACGUACUGUGUCAGGAUAACAGUGGCCACGCUCCAGGCCACAAUAUCGAGGCCUCAAAAACCCCCUCCCUGCGUGUGAAGGCAGAUAAAUGACAGAGGUAAACGAAUAUUCGUUGCCAUGGUGUGGUACAUGCUCUCGUCCGAUAGGCGGCCGUAUUUUAAAAUGGGGCGAAGUUUUUUUUUUUUAUUUUCUGUAUCUUUUAGGUGCUUGCAUUAAUUUUGAUAUAUUGCGGGAGAUUUCUGAACAAACCGGCAUUUGUUGCGUAAUAUACCGAAAUACUAAGAUCUCGAAAACGCAGGUCUCCCCUCUUUCUUUUGCUAAUUUCUAUUGGACGUAAGCGACAGCUAAAAGUGUGUUAAUUCGUUACAUUUAAGGCUUGUGAUAGCUUCCUUAGAGUUUUGUACUGGAUUCUCGUCCAAAAACUCUCUGAAUCCUACAGUCGUCGAACCUUUUUGUAGUUCCCCGGUUUGCUCUUUGAUCCGGACGUGUACAGCAUACGGAAAAUGUGUUUUUCUAAAUCACUCCAUGGAGGGAAUGUUAAUUUUGACAAUUUUACCUAACGGACAAGCAGUACAAAUUAAGCAACACGUUACUGUCAAUUGAGUAAUUUCU